AGAAGAAGAAGAAGAAGAAGAAGAAGAAGAAGAAGAAGAAGAAGAAGAAGAAGAAGAAGAAGAAGAAGAAGACGCCAGCUGGAUGCGCAUGCGCAAAGUAACCAGGAAGUCAGGUUUAUCUGUUGUUGACAAACUGGAUGUUUCGGAUAAAAUGGCAGUAACUGUGUAGGCCCGGCCUGUCUGCAGCCAUGAUGUGCUGUCACCGCCCCUCCCUGUGCUCACGCUCCUGCUCCUACACUCUGGCUCUUGGCCUGGGCUUCGUYACGUUGGGCACCAGUCGCAUCGUGCUGCUCAAGUUCUCUGCCAACGCUGAAAACAAGUAUGACUUCCUCCCUGCUUCUGUCAAUCUGCUGGCCGAGGCCCUCAAACUGCUCUUCUGUUUGGUCAUGUCCAUCAGGGUCAUAGUCCGAGAGGGACGGUCCUGCAGAGAGUUGGGUUUCUCCUCCAGCUCCUCCUUCCUCUUCUCCCUCAAGUGGGCUGUCCCUGCAUUCCUCUACUUUCUGGACAACCUCAUCAUCUUCUAUGUGAUGACCUACCUGCAACCUGCCAUGGCAGUGUUGUUCUCCAACUUUGUCAUCCUGACCACAGCGGUUCUCUUCAGAAUAGUUCUGAA